AAAUUCUGCAGACGCUUAUGACCAGAUAACGAAAUAAAGUAUCUAUAAAACCAUUGGCCUCGAGCCAAAUUACGCUAUUUGUUUCCUGAAAUCACACGGUCUCCACAAUGGCCACAUUACACGUUUUGUGCUUUUUAUUACUCCUGAAUUACGUGGUAACUGGGAUUGAAUAUUCAUCUGAUGACACUAUAGUAGCUGAUAAAGUAGUCUCAAGUCUACAUCUAUUGAAAUCUGUAAUAGAUACAGCUAACACCACUCUCCUCUCAAUGCAAAGUAUACAAGCAAACCUGCUCAUUUCAACUGAAACGGUGGUACAAAGGAAUGAAAGAGAUAUCAACUUACAAAUAUCAGCUUUGAAGAAAAACGUUAGCAACUUGAGAGAUAAGCGCAGCCAGACCAUCUUGGACAAAUGUAUUGACGAACAACAACCUCUGGAAAUUCUGGUGGAAUCAAUUUCUGAUGAGAUAAAAAAAUGUAUCACUGUGGCCCUUGCCGAGAAUGUGAAUAUUAUCAGCAAUUGCAUAGUUGAAGCCCAAACCUUCAUGGAUUUACCAACAAAAGUUGCGGCAGACUUACAAACUUGUGGGAGUUCCAAACAGUGUCUCUUAGCUAUAUCAGUAGAUGCUGUAAAUGAAAGUAUGGAGAUACCGUCGAAAGUUUUGGUUCUCACAGCUAGGGUACAGCAGCUUGCUUACCAUGCCUUGUCCAAUAUCAACGGUUGUGCGGUAAAUGGCUUAAUAAAUGUUGUCAAGCAAGGUAUUUCGCUUGUUGAGGAUAUUGUGGCUUGUGUGAAAAUGAGUAAUUGAAAUGAUACAUAUUUUGUACCCAUUUGUUCUUCAUACUCUUUUUGUUCCUAAUUUUCUUGUAGUUAAUUUUUGUGUUCGACUUGAAAUAUAAAGAAUCCAAUUUU